AUGGAAGUUGUGGGUCAAAUAUCCAAACCCAGAUGUGCUGCAAACUUGGAUAGAAAGAGGGAAAGACGAGGUCAAGUGGAUGAGAUAACGAGGAUGGGAAAAUCAACUGUUAUAAAGUCCCUGAUGCGGUUUUGCUCUGCAAUCGAAGCCCUCUAUACCAAUGAAUACCUUCGGACACCCACGCCAAAGGACUUGCGAAUGAUGCUGAGGAAGGUCUUCCACGAAGUGCUGCAAGGAAAAGCAUCCAGAGUCACAUAUGGGGUUAAUGGCCAAAGAUAUAAUGGACCGUACGACCUUGCAAACGACAUUUACCCAAGGUCAGCUGCCAAAAUGUUUAAUGUCGAGGCUUUUCAAUCCAUAAUGAUGACGUGUAUAAUUCUCCAUAACAUGAUUGUGGAAGAUGAGUAUGAUUAUGAUGUCGUCGAUAAAUAUGAGUCAGACACAAUGAACAACUCAAUAACACGUAUUUAUUGUGCUCAUGACGGCACCGAAGAUCCCGUGCAACACGAGCCAUUGGAACAGGAUGGAUGUUACAAUCAAUUGAUCGUUGAGCGGUACACUUCACUGCAAGAGCCAUACUGGCACUGUACCCGUCAAAAUGACUUGAUUAAGCACCAAUGGGGAUUGCAACAAGGUGAAGAUAAUUAA